ACAGUGGCCGUGUCCUGGACUUUGCCUCUCUUGAUGCUUUCCACUCUUCCAGCCCCUUACGAGUGAAGACACCACUCGGGAAAUGGGGAGUUGACCCUGAUGAUGUGACGCCCACGUUGAGUUUGGAAGGAAAAGUACACGGGGGAAAGAGGCUUUUUUUUAAGUGCAAAGGGUGGCAAGUAUGAUAGGGCUAGAGAUGUUUGGAAGAGGAACAGGUGAAAACAGAUUGAGGCCAAAUUGGGGGAAAAUGGAUUAAGGAGUCAUUGAUGGAAAAUGGACACCUAACAAUUGGAGACAUAGCUGAGCAGUCUGUCACAAGGCUGACCCAACUAGUGGGUCAUAAGGACAAGAAGGAAGCAUUCGAGGGCAGAAUGCCUGCUGAAGCUGGAGUGAUUUGAGAAAACUACAGAAAAGGUGGAACUUGUGUGGGCCUGGGGAAAUCAGCAGGUUUUGAUCAGAGGAAAGGAAGGAGGGCAUCCCAGAGGUCAGAGCAUCCAGGACAAAGGAGUGGCGGCAGAGAAAAAGGAGGGCUUGUGUAUGACAGGGUCUCCAAAAAUAUAACUGGAACUGAAAGGACCCCUGGUGUGUACAUUUCCUGAAGACAGGAUUCUUCAGCUUGUUGUGAGUUAUCCACUUAGUAGUACUGGAUUAAUUCUCGUAAUACUAAGAAUUAGUAGUGAAACGUUAAGACGUCAUCUGGUUCACUGGUGGCAUAGAAGCUGGGCAUGUUUCAGUUUUGCCUGGAUUCUUAUCAUGGGGGGAAAAGCCUAUCAUUAUUACCCAAGUAGUAGAGCUAUCUUGAAGUCAUUUUGUUGGGGAAAAGCACAGGCCUAUACGAAAGAGUUGGGUUUCACCCCCAAAGACUAUUUUCUGGUAUAAGUCUUCACAGUCUCAGAAGUGGGCGUGACUCAAGUGCCUUUGGUGCCACUGAAUUCCAGACCAUUAGGAUGGCUGCUUUGUAGCAGGGAGCACAGGAGAGUGAUAUCUGUGAUGAAGAAGCAGAGUCCACACUUGGAAACAGAGUCUAGAGAUUUGACAAGAUUAAAGCUUCAGGAGAAUGGACAGUGAGGUACAGAGAGACGGAAGGAUCCUGGAUUUGAUUGACGAUGCUUGGCGAGAAGAUAAGCUGCCUUACGAGGAUGUUGCGAUACCACUGAAUGAGCUUCCUGAACCUGAGCAGGACAACGGUGGCACCACAGAAUCUGUUAAAGAACAAGAAAUGAAGUGGACUGACUUAGCCUUACAGUACCUCCAUGAGAACGUUCCCCCCAUAGGAAACUGACACCUGGAUCCUUUUUCGUGGAUGGAUUUUUUUUUUUUUAAUUCAGAUACAAAAUGUUUUCUUUCAGAUACAAAAUGUUUUCUUUCAGAUACAAAAUGUUUUCUUUCAGUCUCCUAAUUUAAAUCUUUGAAUGCUAGAUCAGCACUCAAAAAUGUACAUCCACUUAGUUUGUGGCAGCAAAGUGCAAUGUGGAAAUACUUACCAGAAUGAGAAACUGAUUGAGAUUUCUCAGGAAUGCAGAAUAUUUGGCUCUUUGAACCUAAAGUUUUCCAUUCACUAGCUUGUGUUUAAACAUGUUUAGUUAAACAUUUGCCUUUAACUCUAAUUUUGCUUUACUGUCAGAGUUUAACACUUCCCAACUACUUAUAUUUGUCCUGUGACAGAAGUGAUUGAAGAUAUGAAAGAAAAAGGUUAAGAAAGAGAAAGCCGACAUAAGGAGAAUUACUCAUUUCUCAUAUACCCCGGCUUGGAGAAGCAGUCUGAGUGGACGUGUAUGAAGUCUGUAGGUGUAAUGUAUUUAGAAUUCCGUUCACUGACUGCUGGGAUUCCUAAGAUUCCUCAUGGAGUUUUCAAACUUUGGACACAUUUACAAAUUAAAAGGGUAUCUGACAUGUUCCUCUGCUCUCCCUACCAUUUUGGUGCCUCUGGAAAGGAUCUUUGGCUAGAUGGACCACUAGUUUUAUCCAGUAAGGGGAUUUAUUUUCUCAAAGCCCUUUGAGCUGUAACUGAAACACCAGGGAGUCAGUAUUCAGUUAUACAUGUAUAUGAACACUUGUAUUUUGCAAAACACAUUCAUGUAUAUUUAUCUCCUGGAUUUAUUUGCCUCCACUGAGUGGUGUCUUGUUAUUUUCUAUCCAAAUUGUAAACUCUGUGGGAAGAGGCUCUGGCUCAUACUUCUGUAUCCCUCAUUGAAAACAUUGAAUAAUUGAAAUCUUUCUUCUCCUUUUUUU